CCGCCGGUUCUGAGUCACUGGAAUUUCAGGCGAUCUUCCUUGGGGCAGAGACAAUGGCGAAGUUUAUUGCCCCUGUGAUUCAGGACAAUCCUUCAGGAUGGGGUCCGUGUGCUGUACCGGAGAAGUUUAAAGACAUGCCCUACCAGCCCUUCAGCAAAGGGGAUCGACUGGGCAAAGUUGCGGACUGGACAGGGGCCACCUACCAGGACAAGAGAUACACAAACAAGUACUCGUCGCAGUUUGGAGGUGGGAGUCAGUAUGCUUACUUCCACGAGGAGGAUGAGGCCAGCUUCCAGCUGGUGGACACGGCCAAGACCCAGAAGACGGCCUACCAGAGGAACCGCAUGAGGUUUGCCCAGAGGAACUUGAGAAGGGACAAAGACCGCAGGAACCUGACUCAGUUCAACAUGCAGACUUUGCCCAAGAGUGCCAAACAGAAAGAGAGAGACCGCAUUCGCCUGCAGAGGAAGUUCCAAAAACAGUUUGGCGUCCGUCAAAAGUGGGAUCAGAAAUCCCAGGCUCAGCUGAAGCCCAGAGACUCGUCGGUGGAGGUACGGAGCGAUUGGGAGGUGAAGGAGGAGAUGGACUUCCCCAGAUUGAUGAAGAUGAGAUACAUGGAGGUGGCUGAUCCCAUAGACAUUGAAUGCUGUGGUGCUUUGGAAUACUACGACAAAGCGUUUGACCGCAUCACCACACGUAAUGAGAAACAGCUGAAAAGCAUUAAGAGGAUCUUCCAUACUGUUACCACCACCGACGACCCAGUCAUUCGCAAGCUGGCUAAGACCCAGGGCAAUGUGUUUGCCACCGAUGCCAUCCUGGCCACUCUGAUGUGCUGCACGCGCUCAGUUAACUCCUGGGACAUCAUCGUGCAGCGUGUGGGCAACAAGCUCUUCUUUGACAAGAGAGACAACUCGGACUUCGAUCUUCUCACGGUGAGCGAGACGGCGAACGAGCCUCCGCAGGACGAGGGGAACUCCUUCAACUCCCCCCGAAACCUGGCCAUGGAAGCCACCUACAUCAACCAUAACUUCAGCCAGCAAUGCCUGAAGAUGGGAGGAGAGAGAUACAAGUUCCCCAACCCCAAUCCGUUUGUGGAGGAGGACAUGGACAAGAGCGAGGUGGCGUCUGUAGCUUACAGGUAUCGUCGGUGGAAGCUGGGAGAUGAUAUCGACCUUAUUGUCCGCUGCGAGCAUGAUGGAGUCAUGACAGGAGCCAGCGGAGAAGUGUCUUUCAUCAACAUCAAAACCCUCAAUGAGUGGGACUCCAGGUACUGUAAUGGCGUGGACUGGCGUCAGAAGCUGGACUCUCAGAGAGGAGCAGUACUGGCCACUGAGCUGAAAAAUAACAGCUACAAACUGGCCCGCUGGACCUGUUGUGCCAUGCUGGCCGGAUCCGAGUACCUGAAACUGGGGUACGUCUCCCGUUACCACGUGAAGGACUCUUCGCGCCAUGUGAUUCUGGGCACUCAGCAGUUCAAACCGAACGAGUUCGCCAGCCAGAUCAACCUGAGCAUGGAGAACGCCUGGGGAAUCCUGCGCUGCGUCAUCGACAUCUGCCGCAAGCUGGACGAAGGCAAAUACCUCAUCCUCAAAGACCCCAACAAGCAAGUCAUUCGUAUCUACAGCCUCCCAGACGGCACCUUCAGCUCCGACGAGGAUGAGGACGAGGAUGAAGACGACGAAGACGAGGAGGACGAUGAUGAAGAGAACUAAAUGGAGGAAAGAAGAGAGAAAUUGCGAGACCAAACAAUGCAGCAUUUUGCCCUGCUGUAAUCAAAUAAACAUCAGACACAAAAGCGUCAUAUUAAAGAUUGAGCAAUA